AUGGCAAAAAAGAAGCCUUUUCCAUCGCCCCAGUACGUGCCUGACGCAGGUGGCGACAAAACACGCGAGAGAAGAAUUCUGCCUCCCACCAACCAGCAGUUUUCGCUGAUAUCCCGUAUGGAUUCUCGAACUUGUAAUGCUCCAGGCGUCGUCGGAAGUGUGUUGGCGAGGAGUAAGCGGCUCUCGAAGCGGAGUUCAAACCACCUGGGCAUAGCCCAAGGUUCUAUGGUUUUAUGGCUGAAUAGAAACAGAGGACAAGUAUUUAUUCCGUAA